UCCAUAGGCUAAGUUGGAAAAGUAUGACAUGGUGAGCAGUCUCAAAUAGUUUACAUUUUAACCACCACUUUUUUUUUCUCUAUAUAAAGGCACUAAAAUCAAGGACAUAAACCUCACUCAUAAUCAAACCAAAACCUCAUAAACCCUUCUCUAAAUUUCUCAUCAAACCAAACCCUAAAAUCAUUUUUCAUUCAAUGGCUUCAUUUCCUUUGGUAACAACUCUUUUAAUAUUUCCAUUUCUUUUCUCCACUAUUGUUUAUGGUUACUCAUUAAGUUCCAUAAAAUCAUGGUGUAGCCAAACCCCUUAUCCUCAACCAUGUGAGUAUUAUUUAACCAAUAAUGCUUUCAAUCAAACCAUAAAAAGUAAAUCAGAUUUUUUCAAAGUUUCACUUGAAAUUGCUAUGGAGAGAGCAAAAAAGGGUGAAGAAAAUACACAUGCAGUUGGUCCAAAGUGCCGUAGCCCACAAGAAAAAGCUGCUUGGGCAGAUUGUCUUGAACUCUAUGAUUUCACAGUCCAAAAGCUUAGCCAAACAAAAUACACAAAGUGUACACAAUAUGAAUCCCAAACAUGGCUUAGUACAGCUUUAACAAAUCUUGAAACAUGUAAAAAUGGUUUUUAUGACCUUGGUGUCACAAACUAUGUCUUACCUUUGUUGUCUAAUAAUGUAACAAAGUUGUUAAGUAACACCUUGUCUCUUAACAAGGUUCCUUACCAACAACCAAGUUACAAAGAUGGGUUUCCAACAUGGGUUAAACCUGGUGAUAGGAAACUUCUUCAAACUUCUUCCGCGGCUUCGAAGGCUAAUGUCGUCGUUGCUAAAGAUGGUUCGGGUAAGUAUACGACGGUGAAGGCCGCGACGGAUGCUGCGCCGAGUGGUAGUGGAAGGUAUGUGAUAUAUGUGAAGGCUGGUGUGUAUAAUGAACAAGUUGAGAUUAAAGCAAAGAAUGUCAUGUUGGUGGGUGACGGUAUUGGUAAAACCAUAAUCACUGGUAGCAAAAGUGUUGGAGGUGGCACCACUACCUUCCGUUCAGCAACCGUUGCUGCUACUGGUGAUGGAUUUAUUGCUCAAGACAUCACAUUUAGAAACACAGCUGGAGCAGCAAAUCACCAAGCUGUUGCAUUUCGUUCCGGCUCGGAUCUAUCGGUCUUUUACAAAUGUAGCUUCGAAGGUUAUCAAGAUACACUUUAUGUUCACUCAGAGAGACAAUUUUACAGAGAAUGUAACAUCUAUGGCACAGUUGAUUUCAUCUUUGGUAACGCCGCGGUAGUUUUGCAAAAUUGUAACAUUUUCGCAAGAAACCCGCCUGCAAAAACCAUCACAGUUACCGCGCAAGGAAGAACUGAUCCAAAUCAAAACACUGGAAUUAUAAUUCAUAAUUCUAGGGUUUCCGCUCAAUCGGAUUUAAACCCUAGUUCGGUUAAAUCGUACCUUGGUAGACCGUGGCAAAAAUAUUCAAGAACGGUUUUCAUGAAAACUGUUCUUGAUGGUUUUAUUAACCCUGCUGGUUGGUUACCAUGGGAUGGUAAUUUUGCUUUGGAUACUUUAUAUUAUGCUGAAUAUGCUAAUACAGGUUCAGGUUCAUCUACUUCAAAUAGGGUCACAUGGAAAGGUUACCAUGUUCUUACCAGUGCUUCUCAAGCUUCACCUUUCACCGUUGGGAAUUUCAUUGCCGGUAAUUCAUGGAUAGGAAACACAGGCGUGCCAUUUACGUCUGGACUUUAAGCGUUUCUUUGGAAUCGCGUGAAUUUAUCAGAAUCACAGUGGCUUACUGUGAUUCUGUUAAACUCGACGCGAAUUCCAUAUAUACUAAAUUGUUCAUAAGAUCAAUUGGUAAAUCUUGUGAUUAAUUAGUUCUCAAUUAAUCAUAUAAAUUUAAGUUACAUUAUAAUUUGUUCCAUUAUUGGCUGUUCUAUUGUAUUUAGGAAAGAAAAAUAAUUUAGUACGGCCAAAAUUUUUAUUGUAUUGUUACAUGUAUUUGCUUAUUUUAAAGAAUUGUUGGUCUUUUUUAUUGUAUUUGAGUAAAGAUAUUAAUAAAGAUGAAAAUGUCAUUGAACUUCUUGUCA